CUUUUCUGUAGCGGCAGUCAGCGCGCAUCGGUUAGGUCAGUGGUCAGGGCUGUGUGGACGACGACGUCAGCACAGUAGUGAGAUAGUCAGAGACAGGUUAUAGUUUGCGUCACGGAGAGGUGUAGUGUAUGACUAUGGGAGGAUUAGGUUUUUGGCGGUCAUUUAAUCACAACUGAGAGUCUGCAAACUGAGGACGAGAGAUCUCCAGAGGGACUGGGACUACCUGAGCUAUUCACCCGGACCAACGUGCAACGGCAGCAGAAGCAGUUGAAGAUGUUGGGGAUUGUAGCCUUAUUGAUUUCAUUUCUCUCGGGUCUACAUGCAUCCACUGCAAGCUACUCAGAGGACCAGUGCAGCUGGAGGGGAAGUGGGCUGUCUCAGCUGCAGGGCAGUGUGGAGCAGGUCUGGCUCCGCUGUGCCGAGGGGUCAGUGGAGUGGCUGUACCCGGCCGGGGCGCUCCGUCUCACGCUGUCGCCGCGCCUGCCCUGGGGGUUUGUGGGUAACGGUGCGGGCGGGGUGCUCUCCGUGUGCGUGAAGCCCGCCGAGCAGUUUGGGGGCGCCCAGCUGUACCUGGAGCGCAGCGGCGUCCUGGAGCUGCUCCUGGGCGAGGACGAGGCCGAGGUCAACGCGUCUCCCAGGGUGCACUGCUUCAGCGCCACGCCGGGGGAGCGGCCGGCCCUCUUCCUGCAGGCCACCCCGCACCAGGACAUCAGCCGGCGGGUGGCCGCCUUUCGCUACGAGCUGCGAGGGGAUUGGCCCCCGGGGAUGUCCGCCGACUCCGAUCCAGUCAGCAGUGAAGAUGCAUGCAGACCCUGCAACAACACAGAAAUCCUCAUGGCUGUGUGUACUAGUGACUUUGUGGUACGUGGGAACAUCCGGGCAGUGGAGCCUGACCCAACACUUGGAGCCGCUGUGAUUAAGGUGGUCGCCACACGAGUGUUCCGUCAGAAGUCCGCCCUGUUCACCGGCGGUCGCCUGACACGAUCCGGAGAGUUCCGCACGCCGCUACAGUGUGGCGUCCGGCCAGGACCCGGCAGCUUCCUGUUCACCGGCCACGCCCAUUUCGGCCAGGCGUGGCUGGGCUGUGCACCGCGGUACAAGGACUUCCAGCGGGCGUACAACCAGGCCAGGCUGGCCCAGGAGAUGCCCUGCGAACUGGACGCUGUGUGAGGGGCAUGGACACCAGCACCUCAGCAGACCACUGAAAGAGCCAGAGAAGCAAACAAACCCCUGGCCUUGUGUGUGCGUGCCGGGAAUGCAGAGCUCUACUGGGAGGACAAAUUUUGGGAGAGCUUUUCCCUGUGCAAUACUAGCUGCUCAAACGAAGGGGGCGCUACAGAGCUCAGCCCGGACACUGCAUUCACUGAACUAGUGAGAAGAGUGAUUAGAGUGUGAUGGAAUGGUUAACUGUUUGGAGUGAGUGUCUAGAAUGGUUAAUUAAUGGAGUGAGUGAAUUAUGGCCCAACAGAGCCAAGCUGACGGGUUCUCCUGACAGGACUCAACUCAGGACACAGUCACAGACACACAGACUCACUGCAGUCAGGACUACAGACAUGUGCAGGACUACAGACAUGUCAACACAUGGCUGUCUGUUCUCCAACAUAGUCUGUGUUUCACACUGUCUGUUCUCCAACAUAGUCUGUGUUUCAUUCUCCAAAUGUUAUUUAUAGGUGACAGGAGUCCAGAAUCCAUGAGUGCUGCAUGACCAGCCUGAUAGAGAGAUUGAAGUACCUGAGAUUAGGGAGAGUUAACCUCCUGUUUUCAUUUUUUGGGAAAAUUGACAUUUGCACUGCUCAUGAGACUGAAGGGAUAUAUCUGGAGAAUUUGGAAGCUGCAAGCACUGUAUAAAACCAAAUGAAAAAAGUCAGAUUAUAUGUAGCAAAGAGCCAAGAGAACUGGAUAUAUUAUGAAUUAUAAAUGGCUCUUAAUAGACAGCACCAGGCUUUUGCUCUAAGAAGAGCCAGAGCAACUCGGUGUAAACAACUGUAAGCUUCAAGGUUAGCAUCCACUAACUUUAGCGGCACGCUAGCAGAGAAGCUGCCAAUACUGACUGAGGCAGGCAAGGCAGAACAGAGCUCAGAGCACUUUAAGUCUGCCUGAAGGGUCUGCUGCUCUCUUCAGAGAUAAAUUAUCUUCACACAGGGCCGUCUGACUGUCUGCUAGACCCCUGUAUAAUUCAAUGAUUUCUGUCUGCUACCGCUAGUCAGGCCGGGCUAAACUUGUGUCCAUUUUGUCUUUUGAUUUGUUACUAUGCUGCAUGUACAUUUCUGAUCUGUCUCUCUCCAGAACUGUGAUGGUUUUUUUUAUUUUUUUUUAUCUUAUUUUAUUUAUUUUCACAACAAAUUGACAGGCCUCGAGGACCAGGCUGCAUCCAGAAUAUCUCACUUGUGUUGUAAUAUAGAUGAUUGUUUCAAGAGAUGUGUCCUUCCUCUGUUUAUCGUGCACUAAAUGCCUGGAGCGGAUGAAACCAAAUUGCCCCCGGGGGAAUGAGGGUGGGGGUGCUCUGAGUUAUUGCUAUUGUUACGGGAGGGGUUGUUCCUAAUUAAUACCAAUGUGAUUCAGAUGAUUUUAAAGGUUAACUAUUGUUUUGUAAAUGUGGGUAAAUGUAAAUAAGAACAUAUAGGAACUUAUGAAAACCUCUGUCUUGUCAGUAUUGUUUUUAUGUAAGUGUUGUGUGUAAAUGUUGUGUGUGGAGUGUUUUAUAAAGACUUUUCAAAA